CGGAGUAUUUAGGAGGCCGAGCGGGGAUGGGGGGUGGGGUUGCUCCCUCGACGCGCCCGGGCUCGAUUGGCUGGCCUUCCUAGCCGCGGCGGUACCGGUGGCUGAGGCGAAGAUUCAACCGCUGAGCAGAGCCGGGCGGGACUGGCUACCGGUGGGAGGCGGCGGCUGAAAAACAUGAAGAUCCAGUUUCGAACAUGAGACUCAUUAGGUGAUCAUUUCAUUGAGAUAACUUGAAUGACCAGGUGUAAAGUGCAAGAGGAAUGUACAAUGACUGAGUGUUUGCUGUUUCACUCCUUGCUGCUGUAUCUGCUGCUGCCUCCUGCCUGUACUGUUAUUGCUUCUCUGCACCCUGCCUUGGAGCCAGCCAAUUAUGAACUGAAACCUCUACAAACUGCAACUCAAAUUAUUUUAUUGCCAACCUCUACCUCUUUGGAUUCUGCAAGAGAAACAAUGCCGCCAGCAGCCCCUAAAGCCCAAGAAUCCAGUCAGUUAUCAAACAGACUCAUGAUUGAAAAACAGCAGGAAGAAGCAGAAUGGGAAAUCAUAAAUGUGCUGUUAAUGAGGCAUGGCUUAAAACCUUUGUGCCUCGUCCAAAGAACAGAUCUUAAAGAUCUUAUCAUUUUUGAUAAACAAUCAUCACAAAGGAUGAGACAGAAUUUGAAAAUGUUGGUGGAAGAAACAGAACGUCAACAGAAUGUGAUACAAGAACUCAUAGAAACUAAUCAGCAACUUAAAAAUGAGCUUCAGCUAGAACAAAGCCGAGCAGCACAUCAGGAACAACGAGCUAAUGACUUGGAACAAAUUAUGGAGAGUGUGAAAUGCAAAAUUGGUGAAUUAGAAGAUGAGUCUCUAAACAGGGUUUGCCAGCAACAAAAUAAAAUGAAAGAUCUGCAGAAGGAGAGUAGAACUUUACAGACAAAAUGCCAGCAUUACAAGAAAAAACAAAUGGAGCAGCAACAGACUAUUGCUUCUUUGCAAAAGGAUAUCUGUCGAUUAACAAAAGAGGAAGAAGAACGAAUUAUCACUCAAAACAGAGUGUUUGCCUAUCUCUGCAAAAGGGUUCCUCACACCGUCUUGGAUAGACAGUUGCUGUGCCUGAUUGACUACUAUGAAUCUAAAAUUAGAAAAAUCUAUACACAAAGGCAAUAUAAAAAAAAUGAAAGUCAAUCAGAAGAAGAAAAAGAUGGCAGAGAUCUGAAUGGCUCACCAACUUAUAAAGGCCUUCUACUGUCAUUACAGAAUCAACUCAAGGAAUCAAACUCCAAGAUUGAUGCACUUUUAAGUGAAAAGCUGAACCUCCAAAAAGAUUUAGAAAGCAGGCCCACACAACAUGAAUUAAGACUUUAUAAACAACAAGUGAAGAAACUGGAGAAAGCCCUCAAGAAAAACAUUAAAUUACAGGAGCUUAUCAGUCAUACAAAAGCUGAGGAUACAGAGAAAAAAGAUGAAUCCAGCAAAGAAAGCCAUCAACAAGUUCUAGUUGACCAGAGAUACUUUCAGGUGCUAUGUAGCAUCAAUUCAAUUAUUCACAAUUCAAGAGCUCCAGUAAUACUUUAUAAACAGAGCAAAGAAGGAGCCCAACAUUUUAACAAAGAUUUUGUUCAAGACUGUGGAUUUGAACAUCUUGUUCCUAUGAUAGAAAUGUGGGCAGAUGAACUGACAUCCUUGAAGGAUUUAUAUAAGUCCUUGAAAAUACUAUCAGCAGAGCUGGUACCCUGGCAUAAUUUUAAGAAACAGAAUGAAAAUGAAGGUGUCAGAGUUGAAAAUCUGUUGUUUAUGGUAGAUACCAUAUUGGAAGAAGUGGAAAAUAAAGAAAAGGACAGCAACAUGCCAAACUUUCAGACUUUGCAAGCUAUUGUCUCUCACUUCCAAAAAUUAUUUGAUGUGCCUUCGUUAAAUGGCGUCUAUCCCCGAAUGAAUGAAGUUUAUACCAGGCUUGGAGAAAUGAACAAUGCUGUGAGAAACCUUCAAGAACUCUUAGAAUUAGAUAGCUCAUCCUCAUUGUGUGUGCUGGUAAGCACAGUUGGAAAGUUGUGUAGGCUGGUUAAUGAGGAUGUGAAUGAGCAGGUUAAGCAAGUCUUAGGACCUGAAGACCUCCAAAGCAUUAUCAACAAACUGGAAGAACAUGAAGAAUUUUUCCCAGCGUUUCAGGCAUUUACUAAUGAUCUACUUGAAAUCUUAGAAAUUGAAGACUUGGAUGCCAUUGUACCUGCAGUAAAGAAAUUAAAAGUACUUUCAUACUGAAACAAAUCAUUUUAGUGUGUAAAGUGCAUUUUUACCAUUCUAAAUAUUAUGUAGGAUUGAUCUUGAAACAAAAAGUAUAAAAUAUAUUUGCUUUUGGAAUCAUCCUCUUAGUACUGGGUGAUUCUCCUUAUAAUUUUUUAUUAACUUUGAGAUUCUUUUAUUAAAAAAUAGCUGCUUAGUUAUUAAAAUAGUGAAUUAAUUUAGAUCUCUUAAUCAUUUCUUAAGCAAUUCUUGAGUGCUUAAAAUUUAGGGUAGAGUUUGUGAGAAAAGACCCAGGCAUUGAGUCUAAAUAAUAGAAAAAUUGUAUUUAAGUUUAUUCACCUUCAGGUCAGGACAAAAGGAAUGCCAAGUCCCGUCAGUAGUAAGCUGCUUUCCUGGCAAGGAUUAAUUGGCAUAUUCUAUGAAGAUAUCCCUCAUGGCAGCUAUCUUUUCAGAAGGAGAAAGGAAAAAAAAAGUUUUAUGUUUGUGUUAGGAUAAGAAGUGAAUCAUGGGAUAAAAUAGAUGAGUAGAUAGAAUCCCUUUUUUUAAUGCCUUUUUUGAAGUGUUGAUGCAGUGUGCUUUUUA